UAACGUUAAACUGCGGCCAACAUCACAGUGAAAAUAAUAUCGGUCCUUGUGCUAAGAAACAUAUUGUACGGACUAGCAUUUAUUUAACUUGUUAACUGUUUUUUUUUGUAUUCUUUAUGUCAAAUAUACCAUGACUUGGAAUAUUUUUAGCCGAAAAUGUUAAACGUUAAUAUUUAAGUUUAGUUGUCGAUAUUGCGAACUGCCACUCUACAACUGUCAGUGUUAAUAUGAGGAAAAAUAAAUACAAUCCAGACAACUAGACAAGUUUACUCGAGUUCGCUGCAAUCUGCUAAUUUGGAAUUUCCGUAAUUGAGUAAUUAUAGCAUUAACACUAUUUAUUUUAUCAAUUUCAUAGGUAACGGAUGAGUUACAUAGUACAAUAGUAUAAAAAUAAACACAUGCAUAAGUUGUUGCAAUCCUGUUUGAGUUGACUGUAGAAGCCCUUCAAGUGUGAAUUGUGCUCAGAACCAUGGGCGAUUCUACGCCGUUUUUUGUUGACCGUGCUAAAGGAGGCCGAGCGUCGUGUAAAGGUUGUAAAUCAAGCUGUCCUGGUGGAGAGUUACGGAUAGCUAAACUAGUGGCCAGUCCGUAUGGCGAUGGGCAACACAUGAAAUCGUGGCACCAUGUAGACUGCUUCAUGAAUGUGCUACUAAAACAACGGCCCGCCACCAAACGAGUUGACUCUAUUGACGAUAUCGGAAACUGGGAAAACAUAACCAAAGAUGAUCAGGAAUUUAUCUUGAAGAAGUUGAAUGAAAUGGAGAAAACCUAUGCUGAGAAAAAUAGUGGAAAAUACACGGCUAAAGUUUUAAAAAAUAUCUCAAAUCCGUCUUCAAAAACAACCUCUGCAACAAAAAAUAAUGAUAGCACAGACAGUUCUAAGGAUUUAUCAAUUGAAGUAAAAACAGACGACAAUAAUUUCGAGACAUUCUUUAAACUGACAAAGAAAAUUGCACAAGUUGAUGCUUACACGGACAAAACUGCAGUUGUCAACAACUUUUUUAGAAAUGGCACUGACAAUCAAUCAUUUAAAGGUGACCUAACACUAUGGUGUAAGUUAUUAUGCCCACAAGCCACAAAAAGAGUCUACAAUUUAAAAAGUAAACAGCUGGUGAAGUUAUUCUCAAGAAUAUUUAACUGUGAUCAUGAUGAUAUGUUGACUCAUUUAGAACAAGGCGACGUUGCUGAAACAAUACAACAUUUCUUUAAAAAAUCAAAAGCUGUUAGCCCUGCAGCAGACAGCACACUUACAAUACAUCAAGUAGAAGACUUCUUGGCUGAACUUUCUAAAUUAACCAGAGAAGAUGAACAAACUUAUCAUUUUAAGAAGAUAGUGAAGAAAUGCACUACUUUUGACUUGAAAAUGCUAAUACGAUUAAUAAAAGGGGAUUUGAGAAUCAAUGCUGGCUUGAAACAUAUAUUAGAAGGGGUUCACCCUGAUGCGUACAGCCUGUUCCAAACUUCAAGAGACAUAAACAUGGUUUUAGACAGAGUUAUGUCUGAAAGCAACACUGUAAAACAUAAAGACGCUAUACAAAAAAGUUUAAGAGCUCAACUGUCCCUUAUGACCCCUGUGUUACCAAUGUUGGCUGAAGCUUGCAAAUCAAUAGAUAUGGCGAUGAAGAAAUGUCCAAAUGGAAUGUUCUCUGAAAUCAAGUAUGAUGGUGAGAGGGUACAGGUGCAUAAACAAGGAAAAGUCUUCAAAUAUUUUUCUCGAGCACUCAAAGUUGUAAUGGCACAUAAAGUUAGCCAUUUUGAAGAGUAUUUACCGCAGGCCUUCCCAAAAGGUAAUGAUAUGAUAUUGGAUGCUGAAGUUCUUAUGGUUGAUGUGAAAACAGGGAAACCGUUACCUUUUGGUACUUUAGGCAUACAUAAGCAGUCAAAGUUCAAAGAUGCAUCAGUCUGCCUGUAUAUAUUUGACUGUCUAUAUUAUAAUGGUGAAGUCUUAAUGGAUAUGCCAAUCAGGAAGAGAAGACAGAUUCUAUAUGACAAUAUGGUUGAAGUUCCUAAUCAUGUCAUGUUCUCAGAACAAAAGUUGAUUGAGAAACCAGCUGAUUUAGCUAAAAUGAUUGCUAAGGUGCUGGAGCUAGGUCUUGAGGGUUUAGUCCUUAAAGAUUUGGAGUCCACAUAUGAGCCUGGCAAGAGACAUUGGUUGAAAGUGAAAAAGGACUAUUUGUUUGAUGGUGCAAUGGCAGAUACAGCGGACCUAGUGGUUCUAGGUGCAUGGUUUGGUACUGGAAAGAAGGGCGGUAUGAUGUCGGUAUUCCUAAUGGGUUGCCUGGAUGUCCGAAGGAAUAUUUGGGUGACAGUGACCAAAGUCCACACAGGACAUGACGAUAGUACAUUGAGUAGACUCCAGAAAGAACUGGCUCCCCUUAUGCAGAAGAUAUCGCAAGACUUCAACAAAGUUCCUACUUGGUUAGAUUGCAAUAAAGGCAUGGUACCCGAUUUUGUUGCUUUGGACCCAAAGAAACAACCUGUUUGGGAAAUUACUGGUACGGAACUGACUAAAGCGAAUUUACAUACUGCUGAUGGUAUAUCAGUAAGAUUUCCAAGAGUAACUAAAAUAAGGGAUGAUAAGGACUGGACAUCAGCAACGAAUCUAGAAGAAUUGAAACAUUUGUACGUGACGUCUAAAGAGAAAGUGGAUUUGUCACUGUUACAGAAGCUAGCAGAUACGGCUGAUGAUGAUGAACCACCGACAAAGAAAGUCAAAACAAGUCCCAAACCAAAGAAAAGUCCAAGUAAACCAUCAAAUGUCAGUCCAAAAACCUCUAAAAUAGACAGUUUCUUUGAUAAGAAACCUAAAAUAAAGAAACUGAAAGAGGAAACAUCGCCUGUGACAUCUAAACCUCAACUUUCGGAAGUUGACAAAGAUAGCAAAAAGGUUCCAAAAGUUGAAAAGAUGAGUUUAGAUGAAGUUGAUAGCAAAGAAUUUCUGUUCGAACUAGAUGAUCCUUUACCAGAUGUCUUCAAAGAUAAAAGAUUAGGGUUCUAUCCAGACUUCAUAAGCUUUGAUGAGGAAGAGAGAUAUCAUUUUGAAAGACAUUGGAUAGCCUAUGGUGGUCAAGUCGUUAAAUCAAUACGUUCUAUGGAUGUCGACUACGUUUUACAUGCGAAUAAAAAUAUAGAUUUUGAUGAAAUCAAGAAGUUAAAGAAAAAAGUUCCUGCUGAAGCAAGACACGUGUACAAAGAUUGGUUGAUGCAGUCUAUUAAUGAUGUUAAAUUAUGUGAUACCUCGAAGUAUCCUGUGUAUAUAAAACCUCCACGGUGAAUUUGUUUUGUUGCUUUGUUUAAAUGUAUUUAAGACUUAAGAAGAUCUAAUUGUUUAUAGUUCAAAAUAAAGAUAAUUUUGUAUUGUAUUUGUGGUUAAGAAAUUUUUAUUGUUAGCUACACAAUGUUUAUAUGGGUAACACAUUAAUUAUAGUCGUUAAUUGGUUUGUUUGUAUAUUAAUUACUUCGGAUGAAGUAUUACACAUUGAUAUAAUAAUGUUAAGAGCGAUUGCCAGAGUAGUUUCGGACCCAACUGGAGUCCUUAAACAUGAGCUGACGUGGCUUGUAUGUGCCCGAGGAAAUGAAUUGAUGCUCCUAGAUAUGCUUUAUCAAAAUCUUAGAAGAUAUUUUCGAGUAUUGUUCAUAUAUUUUUCCCUAGCAAGGUCUCAAAUAAAGGCUUAAUCGAGGAUUUAAAAGGCACUUAGUUGUUGUUCAUUUUAACACAAUGAAAUUUAUAGUUAUUUGACUGAUCGAAGCGACACUCAACAAAAUAUUAAAUACGUCACUCAAUGAUGUGAUUUAAUACUUAAAAAAAUCUCCUAAUUAUGUUAAUUACAAGUUUAUACACUCUUUACAUAGUAUAGUUUUACCCUAUAGAUGGCAUUAGUAUCGUGCAAGGUUGUCGGAACCUUGGUAACUUUCCUUUGUAUUAAACUGUUAUAACGCCGUGUUAAUAGAUGGCGCUGGCAAUGCAUUUUGAGGAAAAAGUAGUUUCGAAAUGUUUGUAUGCAACAUAAUUAUACCUGUAUCUGUAUCAACA